AUGCAGAGAGGAAUUCUCGCGCACCUGCCCCCCAGGGAGCGGGAUGGGUUUUCUAUAGUUGACCACCCGGAGCACAAGGAGGGCAUUGAGGCCAUUCUAAAGUUCUACGAAAACGGCGGCGCCAUCCCUACCGCCGACAUCAUAGUAUGGGCGGCCUAUGGGCCCUGCGUCAGGCGUGGUACUCUGGAAGAGUUCCGCAAUGAUGCCAAAGCCAACGGCAAUGGCAGGCUGCCAUACACCCAUAUGGGAGGCUUUCAGCUCGCUCAACAUGAUGGCCUCGCUCAACACGAUGGCCUCGCUCAACUCGGAACUAGUAGCGGCGGUAAUCAGAACGGCCUCAGCAGUCAAGAUGACUCCAACCAACAACAGGAUGCCUGGGAAGGUCGGGAGCUCAAGCGGCUACGCCGUCAGAUGGUUGACCGCUCGGAGUACAAGGAGAAUAUCGAGGCCAUUCUCAAGUUUUACGAAAACGGCGGCGCCUUCCCCAUCCGCAACAUCGUUGUAUGGGCCUAUGGGCCUGGGCCCCACGUCGGACGUGGUACUUUGGAAGAGUGGCGCGAUGAUGCCAAAGCCAACGGCUAUAGAGGGCGGCCAUUCAUCCAUAGGGUGACCCCUUGACAGAUGGCCCAGUCUACUGUUUACGGCCCUGGUGUCGGUGACACCUAGUACAUGCACCUGGUAAGUAGGCUUCAGGUCACACCCUCCCGACAUUCCUCUUCGUCUUGAUUUUUCAGCCGGCUGACCCAAGGCAACUCUGGACCCAAUUCCGCCUUCCUGCCGAUGGCGGCGGUCAAGACGACGUCUUCAUUACACGCCAGAUCUCGCACGAUAUCGGCUCUUCGCUCCAGACUAUUUAUCGCGACGACUGGGACACCCUAACGUCAAUCGUAUACCGCCGACAUACCGGACGGUUACCAUGGCCUCAGGCGUUGAAGACCAGAUGGAAACCUUUG